AUGAGUAUUACUGAGAGUGAGGCCAAUUUUAGCUCCCGGGCUGCGAAACUCGGCUUGAAAGCUGAGGUGCUUCAGCUGCUUGUCGAUGGUGGCGUCAACACUCUUGCCAAAUUUGCGUAUGUGAGCAGCUUCAUUCCGGGUCAGAGUGAUGAGGGUCCUUUUGUGACUUCCAUAAAGGACUUGUUGAAGAGGGAUGCUACCGUGGGGGAGCUUUCGGUGCUGCGCCGAUUGCACUCUGAGGCCUUUGCUUUGGUCGCGGCCGAGCUUAAAUCUCAGGUUGAGCGCACCACCGAUGCACCAGCGAGGAGCCUUGCCGCUCCCGACCGAGCAGAUCGUUUGGCUCGUCAAGUGGUGCGGUAUCCAGGCUUGACUAUCGCCGGGCCUAAUGAACCGAGUGACAGGUCAGUGGACAAGUGUUGUCAAAUGUAUGAAAACAAUCGCCUUACAUAUCUUCCGCUGAGUUGGUGCAUGAGCAAGGACGAUGAGACUCGGAAUUCCCGGGACAAGGAGGAUCGUACCCUCACAGUUGACAAUAGCGGUAAUGUUCACAUCAAGAACGCCGACAUUCGAGGUGAGGCCGACUUGAGCACUGACUUGUUACUGAAAUUCGCCCUCACUCGGCGAGGACUCGCGAUGGAACAGGCCGGAUUGUUAGGUUUCAAAGAACAUGAGAAAUGGGCUGAGCGCCUGUUGCACUCCAGAUAUCGUGAGGUGCCUUCGGGAUACACCCGAGUCAGCAUACAGCAGCUGCUUCAAGCCGAUAAGCAAUUGUUUGUCACCGCUGCUAAUGAGUGUCGCAGUGGAGUGCAAGUCACGGAGACCGGUCGUCCAUUGGACGAGGCGUGGAUGCGUUGCGCCGAUUUGACCGAGGUGUCUCAUUUGCUCGCUCCUCUCGCGUCGCCUCCUCCCGCUAAGAUUCCCUUUGAGAGACCCACUCCGUAUGGCCGUGGUAAAGGUCGGGGCAAAGGUUCUGGUAAGGGUAAGCAACCGUCACGCCGCGAGGUGACCAUGCCAGAGGACCUAAAGGACGGGCACGCAAACACCCCGAAAGGAGUGCCCAUUUGCUUUGAUGCUCAGAGGGGCAAAUGCACUAGGCAAUUGACAGGCAACAAGUGCUUCAGGGGUGCUCACGCUCCUGCUCCCAAGAUUGCACGCGUUUCACUUCAAACCAAUCUUCAGGCUGAUGAGGUCAAGGCCAUCGAUGAAAUUGAGUCGAUCAGUAGCGCAAGUCUUGAUCACGAAUUCAAGGGUUCGGUCGAGGAUCGAGCUCUGACCCUGCUGAACAAUGCUGGUGUUGUUUCCCCCACUGAUUUACUUGAGAUCUUCCAAUCACUCCCCACAGAGGCUUCCGUCCGAGGUGACCCAUCACAAGGGGUCUCCUUCUCGACAGGUGCCUAUUGCAGAGUCAAGGUUGGGCUGCGACGUAAUGUCUUGCUCUUCCCGAAUGUGACAAAGUUGGCCGCGCGCUUUGUGCGACAGCAGCUGCCCAGCUUAAAGUUCACGAGCUUAGCAUUCUUUCGCAACGUUCAAACCACACCUCAUGUGGAUGCGCAUAAUUCUUCUUUGCCCAAUGCUGUGUGUGCACUGUCUGACUUCGAUCAGGGACAGGUGUGGGUUGAGAGACCAGGCGGCCAAGCUUGGUGCGAUGUUGAUGGCGAACUACGCAGUGGAGUCGAACUCAGCUUGGAUGGGAGUCAUGCCGUCUUCACCGCUCGACGUUUGACUCACGCCACUAGGAAUUGGUCGGGUGAUAGAGUGGUGUUAGUUGCUUUUUCAGUCUCCGCCAUUGAUCACCUUAGUGAGACUGAUAGUGCUACACUGACCGAUUUGGAAUUCCAGCUCCCGAUGCAAGCCGACAUUCUUGAUGCCGAACAGUCACCUCCGGUGUGCUAUGAAGCGCCGGUCGUUACCGGGGGGUGUGCUACUGAUGAGUUUCCAAAACCACUCGGCCUCGCACAACCAGUGACUUCCCCGCCUCUAGCUUCCUCAAAGUCGGGUUUAGCCCCCGUAGAAGAUUCCGUAGUGUCUACUGGUCAGGUUCAGGCCACGCCGGUUGACCAGCCUGGUAUUGUGCUCGAGCUGUUUGCCCGUGCAGGCUCUUUGUCCCGAGCCUUUCACCAGAUUGGCUUUGAGGUCAUGCCCAUAGAUAGGGGAAGUCACCGGCUUCCGUUGGCCAAGUUGUGCUCACUGGAUCUUGCCUUGCCGAGCUCGUGGCAGUAUCUUUCGCAUGUGCUUGACAACUAUCAUGUUCGGUACGUGCACAUUGAUCUGCCGUAUGCCACCUAUGGACCCAAGCAGGGCCUCCGACGACUGUCCCAUGGAUCUGUAGUUCCUGUAGGAGGCGCCGACGCCUCUCAGGUUCAAAGGCUCGCAUUGGCCGACUCCUUGUUGGAACAUGUCAUCACCUUCUUAAAACGAGUUCAACAAAUGGGCAUCGCUUGGUCCAUUGAGCAUCCGCAGUCCAGCCUCCUGUGGCAUAUGCCUGCUGUGCGCCAGCUCACCAACACCACUACCGUGGUGUACGAUUUGUGUGCCUUCGAUUCUCCGCAUCGCUUGCGGAGGCAACUGCUAACGUCUUGUAGUGCACUCAAGUGUUUACAACAAGUGUGCCAUGGUAAUCAUAGUCACACGCCUGUGACUGGCGGUGUUGAUACUCAUCCCAGGCUUUUCUGUCAGCAGGUUGCCCACGCCGUGGCUAAACACUGUGGCGUUGACCCCCUUUUGUCUCCGCUGCAGUCCAGCCCUCCGCCUGUCACACAGCAGCGUCGGGGUAAACUUGGUGCGAGCCUCAUCAGAGAAUUUGGUCGCGUUUGCAGAUGUCGUGUGCCACAGAUUCCGCCUGUGGAUCAUAAAAAUUGCUUGCAGCACGCCAUCGGUGACAUCCCCGCAGGCUCCAAACUUCUCGCCACUGAGGAGACGGGGGAGUCGGGUGGCUUCGAACUUAGUGUUGGUGUGUAUGCAACACCGGAUGAGUUUCUGGAGGAGGCCAAAGGAUUACGGCAUCCCUUCGAGACGUUUGCUGUCAUCCCCGACGAAGUGAAACGAAAGCUUCAUGAGGCCUUGGUGAAGGGCCCUGAGUGGGUUGGUAGACAACGUGUGGCCACUCUCAACAAGUGGUUAGAAUGGGCCAGGGAAUUGGAGGAACCAGAGUCCCGACUUAAGGAGGACCUCGAACCUGGUGUGAGGUCUGUGUUAGGAUCAAAGAGGCUUCUCUUGCUCAAACGCAUUGCUGAUGACUUGAAGUGGCCCGACGAUGGAUGGUUUGAGGAUACUUGUAAGGGUUUUGGUUUGGUUGGCUGGCAGAAGCCCACUGGUGUCUUUAGAAAGGAGCCUCGUCCCCAGGAGAGGACGGCUGACGAGUUUACUAAGGCCUGUAAGUACAUUCGUCCGGCGCUUUUGGGUAAGGUUUUGUCCGAGGGUUUGAAUGAGCAUUCCUCGGAACUGUGGGAUAAGACUUUGACUGAGGUUGCCGAAGGGUUCUUGGAGGGACCACUUACCGAAGAAGAGCUGACGAGAAGGUACGGCGACGCAUGGGCCCCUGUGCGCCGGUUCGCCGUGAUUCAAUCUUCUGGAGGCAAGCGCAAGUUGAGACCGAUUGACGACUACUCCGAGAACUUAGUUAAUGGUUCUUUUUCUUAUGGGGAUAAGCUAGAUCUAAGGGCACUUGACGAGAUCAUUGCAAUAUGUCGCUUUUGGAUCCGAGCUCACACGACGGAGCAUCAAUUCUUUCUGGACAUGGCCAGCGGACCACCGUUGGUUGGUCGAGUGCACCCUGCUUGGGCGGGUUCGUCGUGGUGUCCUGAGCUGUGCACCUUUGAUUUGAAGAAUGCUUAUCGCCAAUUUGCGUUGAACCCGAGCCAUCGUGCCUUCUCCGUCGUUGCCCUUCUCAAUCCGGAUAAUGGCGACUUGGGAUUGUUUGAGGGUAAGGCUCUGCCUUUUGGAAGCACAUCGUCCGUGCUCCACUUCAACAGGUUGUCUAGGUUGCUGUGGCGGAUAGGUUUGGAAGUCUUCCUGUUCUGGGCCAACUUCGUUGACGAUUAUCCAGUGAUGAGCCCGUGCUGUCUGUCAGGUUCCACCAUGGACACCUUGCUUGUGUUGUCCUCAGUGCUUGGUUUUUCCGCAUCCCUUGACAAACUGAACCCAUUUGCAGACGUCGCCUCCAUGCUUGGGGUCGAGAUUGACUUGAAAGGAGCCAGGGAAGGUGUCAUUCGGAUUAGGAACAAGGAAGGCCGAUCCAGUGAGGUGUGUGAUGCCAUCCGUGAAUGCAUCAGUGAAGGUUGCAUCAAGAUGCGUACUUUUGCCAGGGUUGCAGGACGUGUCCAGUUCUCCGAUGCGCAAGUCAUGGGGAGAACCGGAAAGCUCGCAUUGGCGGAGCUGAGAGCCGCUUCCACACGCCACGCCUCCCGGUUUGUUCUGGGUCCCCGUGAGAUCGAGGCUUUCGAGUUUCUCAUUGAUCGCCUCUCUUUCGGUUCCCCUAGGGUAGUCCCUUGUGUGGUUGCCCCUAAGCCUGUUUUGAUCUUCACGGACGGAGCAAGUGAACAGUCUGGCAACACCGUUGGAGGUAUUCUUUACUCUCCUUCUGAUGCGCGGCCCCGAUUCUUUUCUUGUGAAGUUCCUUGUGCCUUGGCAGAUCGAUGGAGGCAGCAUCUGAAGCAUAUUAUCGGACCCGUUGAGGCGUACGCUGUCGCCCUGGCACGCAAGGCUUUCCACCAGUACAUGUCUGGACAGUAUUGCCUUUUCUUCGUUGACAACGACGCUGUCCUUCUCAGCUUUGUGCGAGGAACGUCUAACAGUGAUCACUUUCGAGAGCUGCUUCUCACAUGGGAAUGCUGUGAGAAACAUGGUCCAUCGUGGACAUACUGGACAAGGGUCCCUUCCGCAUCCAAUCCUUCAGACGACCCGUCACGCGGUGAGUUCAGAGCACUUGUUGAUUCGGGUGCAUUACGAGCCUCCCUCGACUGCCUCCUGCUUUCCAGGCACGUGGUGCCAGCCUCAGCUCGGUGUGAUCCUUUGGUGGACAAUCUGCUUCAGGCUGCAGAUGCUUUUGCUUCCUCAGCUGGAUAUGCAUUUCCUCCAGAACCACCUAAAGUACUGCCUGGCAAGUUUGCUUUGCCAGCUCGGCCAGCCAACUCGACAGCACGGGUUACUUUGCAGAACGAUUUGCAUGCAAAGCUCCACUCCAAGGGUCUUCUUUUGUGGCGCCAGCUGGUUUUGCUCCUUGCACCUUUGAGCUCUGCCUUGCAGGAGAUUCUGGAGUCGGCAUCCUCAGAAGCUUUGCUUUCUCAGCUGGUUGCCUCUGUGGCGGACACUACAUUGGUCAGGUAUGUGCAGAGCUGCUUGCAAUAUUUCGCUUUACUUCAGGAUCUGGGUUUUGAUGCAGCUCGGAUCUCCCAGGUGCAAGCCUAUGAUGUGCUGAUACAGCUUUACAGGUCCCCUGAAGAUGAGGAAGCAGUUCCUACUUCAUGCUUUCCCCUCAAUACGUUGAAGGCUCUGAGGUGGAUGGUCAAGGUGGCCACCAUUUCAUUUCCGGAUCUUUACACAGGGCUUUUUCACUCAGUGGCUCACCAACGUAAUGAGGCAGAUCGUCGGGAGUCAGUGCCUUUGCCACUGGAUUUUGUUGCUUAUCUGGAGUUUUGCUUGCUUUCAAAGGCUUUUCCUGAUCUGCAAUUGAACAUCGGGGCACUCCUUGUGAUGAUCUGGGGUUCUCUGCGGUUCAGUGAUGCUAUGCACUUGAAGUGGGGAUCUUUGCUCUAUGAACAAGAGGAUGGCGGCCAAUGUGUCCUCAACACAGGGGUGGACAAGUUCCUUUACACGAACCGGUACUACUUUGCCUUCGGCCUCGGUGAGCCAGGAUCCCCCGAUGAGCUCCUUUUCAUCAUCACUGCCAAGACUAUUCACAAGACUUUGCGCGCGUUCCCUUCGCAAGCUUCCGCUUUACUUUGCGUAAUGGCACAGAGUGACUACUUCCCGGAGAACUUUUCGGAGCUCUCGGCUUGGGAUCUCUGGGAUGCCUCGGAGCAUUUUGCAGGGCGGGAAGGUUAUUCCCGUGAGCAGUGGUUCAGCUUCUGGCGUUCAGCUUUGCAAGAUCGGGUGGAUGCUCCGACCCAGGAGCUCGGUUCUACUUUGCCUUGUACUACCACGGCGGAGCCAGCACCCUCGGGUGAACUUGAUGGGGCUACGACAGAGGAUGCCUCUACUUUGCAUACAGCGGCAGAGGUUCCCUCAUCUACUUUUCCAGCCUUGGGCCUCCUCGGAGCCCUGGAUGCCCAGUGUCCGGGCGAAACUUUGCCAUGCACCGUGGAUGCGGAUCCACCCGCGACACCGCCGGCAGCUGAGGUGCUUUCCACUGAUGAGCCGCCCUCUUCUUUGCCUACACCUACCACGGAGGAGGCGGAGGACUUCAACUAUGUGCCGUGGAACUUUUCGCAGCUUACGGAGGCAGAGUUGUGGCAGGCUACGGCAUUCUUUGAAGAUUGGAUGGUGUACGAUAGACAGCAGUGGUUGGAGUUUUGGCUUUCUUUGCGGGCAUCCCAGGGGAGUUCAGAUACUUUGCACCCGCCUCCAGAUGGUGCAGCUGGCUCCACCUCGGCUACCCAGUCGGUCAUGGAUUCCUUAUCCUCGAGAUCUACGAUGCAGCAGUUGGCCACAGCUUUGCAACUCUCGAUUCCGGCAUCUGCAGCCUCUCUCGGUGAUUUGACUUUGCUUUCUUUUGGCCUUGGCACCGUGAACCUGGAAGGUCUCGAUGCUUUCCUGGCAUCCAAAGGCUGGUCACCUGAUGCAGAUGAGCUCCCUGUUCUCAGGAUGCUGUGGGUGCAGGCUCACAAGAUAUGCACUUUACCGUCAGUGGCCUCAGAUUCCUCUGCGAGUACUUUGCAUUCCUCGUGGGCGGAGACCUUUCCUCCCAAGCUCUCUUCUGAAACAACUUUACAGUUGAAGCGGGAUUUUGAGAAAGCCUAUCCCUCCGAAGUUCUCGAUGAUACCAACUUUCCGAGUGCGCGUUUGCCUUCCCUCGCUUACAGGCUCAAAGGCACGUCGGACUGGAAGUUCAUUUCCUGGAAACACAGACUUUCCAAACAACAAGAAGAGGAUUACAACUCGUCUCGGCCCAGAAAGUUGGCAAGAUUUGAGAACUUUACCGACGUUCUUUACGACGACGAGUGCGAAGCAGCAGAUCGUCGAUGUUGGGAAGUCGUCGGUCAGCUUCGGCAGGAAGGCUGGUCGGUGGAUGAUGCUUUACAUGAGUUCACUGACGUUCGUGCCGAGCUGGUUGCUUUGCUUGCUCCCCGACUCGCUCCUUUCAAAGGCAAGAAAGGUGAUGGCAAGGGCGGCAAGGAAUCCUGGAAGGGCCUCCCCCACAAGGGGGGUAAGUCCACCGGAGGCAAGGGAGGUGCUAUCCCGGGAAAGGGAAAGUCCACUUUUACCAAAGGCACACAUGCCUUUGAGUGGGCAAACAAGGCGAAAAUCAAUGGAGAGACCAAGGUACUUUGCAUGGCAUACAGUACCCACAAAGGCUGCACCUCCACCAAUUGCAAGUUUGAGCACCUUUGCCCUGUGAUCUUGGAGAAUGGCAAGAUUUGCUUGCAAAAGCAUCCUGCUUUUCAGCAUGCACAAAAGGCAGGCUCGUGA